AAUAAAAAAGAGAAAGAAAAAAGGAAAGAGAGAGGAAAAACUGAUAGGCCCCGACUCCGAAAGAGAAAGAGAGCUGCUUUGCUUUGAUUUGAUUUGAUUGAGUGUGCGACUUUGGUAUCCGGAAGAUCCUGACGCCCACUACCGGCGGCUCAGCUCAGCUCAGCUCGGCGGUUGAUAUUUUUUUUUUAUGCCGCAAUUACUGCGUAACAUUAGAAUCGGAAUCGGAACCGGCAGCAAGUAAUAUGCAGAAGAGUGGGAGUCUGAGAGUGACGUCCCCUCAGCAGUCCCUUAGGCGCCUGGGCUUGUGCUCCCAGAUAGCCACUGCUACUGGUGGCCAGCACUCCUCCCCAGUUGUCUUCCCUGAGAAACAGAAACGCCUCAAGAUCAAGGCUUCCAAGUCUCCUGAUGAUCCCAAUUCUCUCAAGGCCUUGGACCACAGGAUUGACAUUCCGGCUUCUGCUGCUGGAGAUGAAAAGUCUGAUUUGUUGGGUUAUGCUGUCUUCUCUGGCAAGUUAGUUUUGGACAAGAGUAAAACCAACCCCACUUGUACUGAUCCUCCACAACAAACUUCCUCCUCUACUAAUAUUACCCACCACGAAGCUGUUGAUGCCAAGCUUACCAGCAAGGCCUUAAUUUGGGGUUCUCACAUGCUGCAUCUGGAUGAUGUUAUCUCGGUUUCAUACAAUGUUGGCCUCCGACAUUUCACCGUACAUUCUUAUCCCUUAAAAAAAGGUUCUUGUGGCCUUUCUUGUUUCAUGAAACCUCGAAGAAGUCGCAAGGACUUUCGAUUCUUGGCUUCUAGCAUAGAAGACGCAGUUCAAUGGGUUGGGGGGUUUGCUGAUCAGCACUGUUAUGUGAAUUGCUUGCCUCAUCCAUUACUAUCUUCUAAGAAGCAGGCGUCUUCAGAAUUACUUCCCAUUGAUACUCCUCCUGAAUUAAUUUUCAAAUGUAAGAGUCCACCAAAAAUUCUUGUGAUAUUGAAUCCCCGAUCUGGACGUGGCCGUUCUAGUAAGGUUUUUCACAGCAUUGUUGAACCUAUAUUUAAGCUUGCAGGUUUCAAAGUGGAGGUAGUCAAAACGACAUCAGCAGGUCAUGCUAAGAAACUUGCAUCUAGUGUUGACAUCAGCACUUGUCCUGAUGGAAUCAUAUGUGUUGGGGGCGAUGGAAUUAUUAAUGAGGUUCUAAAUGGUUUACUCAGUAGAGACAACCAAAAAGAAGGAAUUUCCAUACCAAUUGGAAUUAUACCCGCUGGUUCUGAUAAUUCCUUAGUUUGGACGGUUCUUGGAGUUAGAGAUCCAGUUUCUGCUGCAAUGGCUAUUGUCAAGGGUGGUCUUACUGCUACAGAUGUUUUUGCUGUUGAGUGGAUUCAGACGGGUGUUAUCCAUUUUGGGAUGACUGUCUCAUAUUAUGGUUUUGUGAGUGAUGUGUUGGAGCUGUCUGAGAAAUAUCAGAAGCGCUUUGGUCCGCUGCGUUAUUUUGUUGCUGGAUUUCUUAAAUUCUUAUGCCUGCCGAAGUACAGCUAUGAAGUUGAGUACCUUCCAGCCUCAAAAGAGGAUCUAGAAGGAAAACUCUCAGCUGAAAGGGAAGUUGUUGAUAUGUCAGACUUGUACACAGACAUUAUGAGGAGAUCAAACACCGAUGGUAUUCCAAGAGCUUCUAGUUUAUCAAGUAUUGACUCCAUUAUGACUCCUAGUCGAAUGUCUGGAGGUGACUUGGAUACAACCUGCAGUAGCACUCAUGCUAGCAUUGAACCGUCUGAUUAUGUGCGUGGCCUAGAUCCUAAAGCAAAAAGAUUGUCAAUUGGAAGGACCAAUAUAACCGCAGAGCCGGAAGUUAUUCAUCCUCAGCUGCCCCUGUCAACAACUCCAAACUGGCCAAGGACCCGGUCGAAAUCAAGGACAGAUAAAGGAUGGACUGGAUUGACAGCCACGCAUGAUGCCUCUAGAUCUUCUUGGGGAAACACUGGAACAAAUGAUAAAGAGGAUAUAUCAUCCACGCUAUCUGAUCCAGGCCCAAUUUGGGAUGCUGAGCCAAAGUGGGAUAGCGAACCUAAUUGGGCUGUGGAAAAUCCUAUUGAAUUGCCAGGGCCAUCAGAUGACAUAGAAGAAGGAACAAAGGAAUCUGUGCCUAGGUACGAAGAUAAAUGGGUUGUCACCAAGGGUCAGUUGCUUGGCAUUCUGGUUUGCAAUCAUGCAUGCAGAACUGUUCAGAGUUCUCAAGUGGUGGCGCCGAAAGCUGAGCAUGAUGACAACACCUUGGAUUUGCUCCUAGUUCAUGGCAGUGGGCGAUUAAGGCUGUUGAGAUUUUUCAUGCUUCUGCAGAUGGGUAGACACCUUUCACUGCCAUACGUGGAAAAUGUCAAGGUAAAGUCGGUGAGGAUCAAGGCAUCCGGAAAGCACACCCAUAAUGGUUGUGGCAUCGAUGGGGAACUUUUUCCACUUAAUGGGCAAGUCAUUUCUUCUUUGCUUCCAGAACAGUGCAGACUUAUUGGUCGCUCCCAUAGCCAUCACGUCUGAAAACCGCAAUGUAUCUUGCUAGGGACAUCUAUUCUCCUGUCUCAAACCCGAAGUAUGCAAGAUUACCCAAAUACGAAAUAGAAGACCUUCUGCGCUAUUGUCUCUUUGAACCUUGGCUGUUUUACCUUUUAACAGCUGAGGCGCUUGUAAAUUUUUUUGUUCGUCUCUUUUGUAUUUUUGUUUAUUGGUGUUACUUGAUUGCUAUAUCUGGUGCGAGCUGCUUGUGUAUUUACGAUUCUAAGGCCCACAGGAAAACGACCACCUUCAUAUGGUUUUUGUUUUGUAACAAUUGAUCAGCGCCCUUAUUUAUCAAGAUAUUGAUAUUGAUUCCUGUU